AUGCCUCCCCCUCCGCCUCUCGUUCCCGAUGGCUGGAAGGCCGAAUUCGAUGAUCGUUAUCAGGAAUGGUUUUAUGUGAACCUGUAUACCGGUCGCUCGCAAUGGCAACGACCCGACCGACCUGCCCAGCCUGAGGGCCAGACACCACCCCCGACAGGCCCCCCGCCCAGCUACGAGACGCUUUCACAGGAUCGACUGGGCCAAGCACGAGAUCCCCGGGAUCGACCGGAUCGGUACUCCCCGCGCCCGCCGUCGCAGUCCAACUACCCCGCCAACCGGGAUGGAUAUGGUUACCCCCAACCGCAAUAUGGCUACAAUAACAACCCCUAUCCCCAGCAAUACGGCUAUCCCAACCAAUAUCCGAACCAAUAUCCGAACCAAUAUCCCAACCAAUACCCCAAUCAAUCCCCCAACCAAUAUCCGGCCCAGUACCAGAAUGCCUACCAACAACCACCACCACCGCAACAGAACCAGAAGCACAAGAAGGGCAUGGGGAAAAUGGGCGCCGCUGCCCUCGGGGUCGGGGGUGGCUUGCUGGGAGGCUUCCUGCUGGGCGAGGGCAUUGAGGCCUUGGAGGAUGAUUUUGCCGAACCCCCACCCCCAGGCCCGGACUUUGACGACUUUGGAGGAGACUUUGGCCCGUUCUAA